AUUAAAGUUUGAAAACAUUCAACAAUGGACACUUCACAUUACAAAUAACUGAUUUACUUUGUUUCACAUGUGACUUUUGUUACUCUUCCUUUUAUCUCUGCCAACAGGUAAUAUAAAUCUAGUUACCGCCUACCGUUUGUUUCUUAAAGAAAAAUGGAAGUAAAUAAAUUAUUGACAUAACUUUGAAACGGUUAUAAGAAAGAAGGAAAUAACACAACGUAUGUUCCAUUGUUUGAUACUGGUUCUUAAAAGCUGAAAAGAAGUGGUUGCUAUAUCGUCUAGAAAUAGCAGCUAAAUCUUUCCGCUCCUGAAAUACAGUUAAGAGAGUUUUAUGGCCGAUGUUGGACCACUACUAGGAUCAUAGGUGAGAUUUACAGUGAUCAAGAGAAUUUCAUAUCUUGAAACAGAAAAUCCAUGAAUUAAACAAUUACAGAACACAAUUUGUGGUUGGUCACUAGAAAAAAAAUAUACUGAAAGCUAGAGAUCUUGGAAACCACCAGCAACUAUGACAGUUACUGAUGGGAAGCCCAUCAGGGAUAGGGAAGACUACUUUUAUAUUGUGCUCAUAGUGAACCAUUACAACUUGUAGAAGGACACAGAUUCCACCAGAAAGUCUGCUACUAGUCAUGAACUCUCUAUGUCUAGCUUGUAUAGCAUACAUUAACCAUAUCCACAUUUAAUAACCUAGAAAUAGAAGUGUUUUGUCUACAACAAUAUGUGAGUUACUGGGAGAAGACCCAGUUAGUAACAAAUAUUCUAGUGGUAAGUAAACAGUAUAUUUACAUUGAAUAUGUUUCAUACAUGUAGAUGGAGGACCAUGGUAUCCAAGACAUUAAACUGAGCCAUAAUAUAUUAUAGUUACAGACAUUUCUCAGUUUUUAGAAUUCCUCAAGAAUUAAUAUGGAAAACAUUGAGUUGGACACUUCUAACGUAACUGUCUUUAACAAUGUAGACUCAAUAACACAAACAUUCAGUGGUGAGAAACCUUUAGCAAGUGAAGCAUUUAAUAAAAAAACAUUAGUAAACAGAAAUAUUCCUGAAUAUUGCUGUGAGAUUUGUAAGAAAACGAUCUUUUCAGAACAUGAAGUGUUCACUCACAAAGAAAUACAUGAUAGAGAAAACCCUUACCAUUGUGAUAUACGUGGCAAAUCUUUUAUAUCUAACAGUGUUUUAAUAAAACACCAAAAAACACACACUGGAGAAAAACCCUAUCAUUGUGAAAUCUGUGGGAAAUCUUUCAUUAAUAAUUCUGAUCUUGUUAUCCACAUACGUAGUCACACUGGAGAAAAGCCGUAUAGUUGCGAUAUAUGUGGGAAAUCAUUUGUCUCUGAUAGUAAUUUAACCAGACACAAAAAAAUACACACUGGAGAGAGUUCAUUUCUCUGUGAAUUAUGUGGGAAAUCCUUCAUUGAAAACUCGAAUCUUGUUCUUCACAAACGUGGUCACACUGGAGAAAAAUUGUAUCACUGUGAAAUAUGUGGGAAAUAUUUUAUCAAUAUUAAUGAUUUAAACAGACACAAGAAAAUACACAUAGGAGAAAAACUGUUUGACUGUGACAUAUGUGGGAAAUCUUUUACUGAUAAUUUGAGUCUUGUUAUCCACAUGCGUAGUCACACUGGAGAAAAACUGUUUCACUGUGAAAUAUGUGGGAAGUCUUUCUCUGUUAAUUCUAGUCUUGUAGUUCACAAACGGAGACACACUGGAGAAAAACCAUAUCGCUGUGAGAUAUGUGAAAAAUCUUUUGUUUCAAACAGUGAUUUAAACAGACACAAAAGAAUUCACACAGGAGAAAAACCAUAUCAUUGUGAAAUAUGUGGGAAAGCUUUCAUUGAAAAUUCUAAACUUUUGAUCCAUAUACGUAGUCACACCGGGGAAAAACCAUAUGGCUGUGAUAUAUGUGGGAAAGCUUUUGUAGAUAAUGGGGAUUUAACAAGACACAGUAAAAUCCACACAGGAGAAAAAUCAUGUUACUGUGAAAUAUGUGGGAAGUCUUUCACUCAGCAUUCAAGUCUUGUUAUCCACAUACGUAGUCAUACUGGAGAGAAACCUUAUCAGUGUGAAUUAUGUGAGAAAUCUUUUGUGUCUCACGGUGAUUUAACAAAACACAAAAGAAUACACACAGGAGAAAAGCCCUAUCAAUGUAAAAUAUGUGAGAAAUCUUUUGCCAAUAAUAGAGAUUUAACAAGACACAAAAGGAUACACACUGGAGAAAGACUGUCAGAAUCCUCAAAUGUUAUCACAAUGGUAGAAACCUCUACAAUUGUGGAAAACUUUAUUUCAUGAAUUAUUUUAACAAGGCACAACAGAAUACAUAUUGGAGAGAAGUCUCAUAUCUGUAAAGUGUGAGAAACUCUUUUGUAAAAGUAAACUUCCACUCCAACAACAUACACACAUGUGAGAACUUUUAUCAAAUUGAAAUAUGUUGGAAAUCAUUUGGAUCUUGGAAUUAUGAUCUUGUAGUCUACUAAUGUGUCUUGUUUGAGAAUUAUUUUCACACAAAAAUAUUUUGGAAAUCCUUAUUUGUAAAUUAUAAACUUGAAAUAGUUGCUAAAUGAGUAUAGACUGGACAUAGAACUAUAUCACUGUAAACUUUGUAUGGAAUCAUUCAGUAUGAAGUAAGUCUACAUUUUUAAUCCAGAGUUGAAUGCAGACUGAAGACAACGAUUAUCAUUGCGAAAUAUAUUAAGUCCCUCAUUGAGUUCUAGUCUUGUAAUCCAUAAAUACAUUCUGAAGAAAGAUCUAUUCACUGUUGUUUGUCAUUAAAAUUUCUUAUGGAAAUAGAAUUCAUUAAACAUGACUGGAAAAACAAAGGAGUAAGACCUAGAUGUGAAAUUUGGAGAAAAUGAUUUUCAUUCAAAAGUCAUGAUGCUAAAUAAAUACAUAUAUAAAAGAAAAUAUUAUUGAGAAGUUGCAUUUAUGAAUUUGUGUUGCAAGAUUUGUGUUUUGAAACAGAUAUUGUUAUAUUUUGGGAUUGUAAUUUUUUUUUGUUUUUUGCCAAAAAAACACAUACACUAUACAUUUGUUCUUCACUUGUUUAUUACUGUUCUUAUUUUUUUCUUAUGUC